AUGCCAAGUCCACAAGAAUUAAUGCUUGUUCCAUCUGUCGCUUUUCGCUAUCAUUCACCUACAUUGGCAUCAACAGUGCCUGCUCAACCUUCAGAUGAUUGGAUACUUUAUGCUCAAGGUUGGCUUUUCUCAGAAAAUCGCUUUCGUGCAGCACUGGCCGAAGCGGCACUUUUAACAGCGGUCGACGAUAUAGAUGAACAACGUGUAGCUUCUUUUACAGCAAGUGGUAGACGGUACAUACCAUUAUGCAUUCGUGGUUUAAAACAUGAAAUGUGUGCAAAAACCGAUAAACAGGGCUUAAUUGGAAAACAGUUUCAAGUAUCAAAUGAUGAUAUUGAACAAUUUCGCAUUUCGGGUGGUAGUGGAGGAAGAGUAGAAUAUUCUGUAUCCACAUAUGAUAACAAAACUCAUGCAAAAGGCGAAGUCUUUCUGUGUGAUGAUAAUGGAAUAUCAGUAAUUAGUGAUAUCGAUGAUACAAUUAAAAUUACUGGAGUAUCAAAAAUUAGUACUGUACUUCGCAAUACGUUUUCUGGAGAAUUCAAAGCAGUACCUGGCAUGUCGGAACGCUAUCGUCAUUAUGAAUUAAUUUAUAAUGCAACAUUUCAUUAUUUAACGGCUUCGCCUGAUCAAUUCUAUCCAUUUUUACGUGAGUUUUUCGAACGUGAUCGAUUUCCAUUAGGUUCAUAUCACAUGCGACAUUUUACAUGGUUUGAUUCGAAUUUCUUUAAAUUUUUUGCAUCAAAAUCAUUCAUUCGACAAAAAACAAAAAUUUUAAACAUGUUUUUUCAACAAACCCGAAAAAGAAAUUUUAUAUUAAUUGGUGAUGCUUUUCAAAAAGAUCCAGAGAUUUAUGCAAAUAUUUAUCAAAACUAUCCUGAAAGAAUUUUAAAAGUAUUUAUACGUACACCAGAGAAAAGUAUUGGUAAUCGACUAGAACAAGUUUUUGAACAUAUUCCAAAACAUAAAUGGGCUACUUUUGUUGAUGGUUAUGAUUUACCUGAAACAAUUUUUUAA